GAACUUUUAGAGCUGAAGUAGCUCUAAAAGAUCUUUGCUACUGCUUUUAUAAGAUAAGAUCACACCAUCAACAUGGACUCAGGGGGUUUGAUGUCAGACCCCCUGUGCCUUAUUGAGAACAACAAUGGACAUCUGGUGGUCAAUCCAGAAGCUCUGAAGAUCCUGUCUGCUAUUACACAACCUCUCGAUGUGGUGGCUAUUGUAGGUCUCUAUCGCACAGGCGAAUCUUACCUUAUGAACAAACUGGCUCAGAAGAAGAAAGGUUCCUUAGUUGGAUCCACAAUACAGUCUCACACCAAGCGAAUCUGGAUGUGGUGUAUGCCUCAUCCUGAAAAGCCAAACCACACCUUAGUGCUUCUUGAUACAGAGGGAUUAGGAGAUAUAGAGAAGGGUGACAACAAGAAUGAUACCCAGAUCUUUGUACUUGCAAUGCUGCUGAGUAGCACCUUUGUAUAUAAUACCAUGAACAAAAUUGACCAGCAAGCCCUUGAUCUACUGUAUUAUGUAACAGAAGUGUCAGAUCUGCUCAGAACAAUCUCACCUGAACUUGAUGUGGUUGAAAAUGAAACUGAUGUGAGCAUCUUUCCAGAUUUAGCAUGGACUCUGAGAGAUUUCUUCCUAGACUUAGAACAAGAUGGACAAUCUAUCACAGCAGAUGAAUAUCUGGAGAACUCAUUGAGGCCAAAGCAAGGUACUGAUCAAAGUAUUCAGAAUUUCAAUUUGCCCCGUCUGUGUAUACAGAAAUUUUUUCCAAGAAGGAAAUGCUUUAUUUUUGACUCUCCAGCUCACAGAAAAAAUAUUGCCCAGCUUGAGGUAUUGGAUAAUAAUGAGCUGGAUCCUGAAUUUGUACUACAGGUGACAGAUUUCUGUUCCUACAUCUUCAGAAAUUCCAAGACUAAAACUCAUUCAGCAGGCAUUCAGGUCAAUGGGUCUGAUUUAGAGAACCUGGUGCUCACCUAUACCAAGGCCAUCAGCAGUAGAGAUCUGCCCUGCAUGGAAAACUCAAUCUCAGCAUUGGCUCAGAUCAAAAAUUCUGAAGCAGUGCAAAGGGCCAUUGCCCGUUAUACGAAGCAGAUGGACCAGAAGGUGAAGUUUCCCACAGAAAGUCAUUCAGAACCUGACCUUCACAGAGCCAGUGAAAAAGAGGCCUUAAUGAUAUUUGGCAUAGAAUAA